GAAUGGCAGCGAGAGGGGAGCGCGCCGUCCUGCUCCGCCGAGCCCCGGAGCCGGAGGAAGAGAUGGGGCAGCGGCAGAGCAGAGUGGAGCAAACUGCAGUGAGGCUCAGCUCAGGCAGGCUCCUGGCAUGGAGCUCACUGGCCUUCAGGCUACACAGGUGCCCCCUCCACCGCACCAUCUUGCUGCUUCUGCUUCUGUGCCCUGAGCUGCCCAGAGGUCAUAACCUGAAGCCAUCCUUGCCCCCCAUUGUGACAGACCGGCCCUUUCUGGUGGCUUGGAAUGCGCCAACGGCUCGAUGCUGGACUUCCUAUGAGGUGCCCCUUAGUGUUGCCUCCUUCAGCCUCCUGGCGAACGUGCGGGAAGACUUCACAGGCGGGAACAUCACCAUCUUCUACUAUGAUCAGCUGGGUCUAUACCCCUACUACCUGAACAAAACCACACCGCCUGUAGCUAUCAAUGGUGGCUGCCCCCAGAACACCAGCCUGCUGGACCACCUGGACAAGAUGGCCAGCGACAUCGCCACUGCCAUGCCCUCGGCCUCCUUCGCUGGACUGUCUGUGAUCGAUUGGGAGAACUGGAGGCCCCAGUGGAUCCGAAACUGGGACAAGAAAAAUGUCUACCGGACCAUGUCCACCCAGCUGGUGAGGCUAAGGAACCCACGCUGGCCCGAUGAGCAGGUGGAGCUGGAGGCUAAGUGGGAGUUCGAGACGGCUGCGGCCAGGUUCAUGGCAGAGACCCUCAAGCUGGCACAGUUGCUGCGCCCUGGCGGCUGGUGGGGCUACUACCUCUUCCCCGAAUGCUAUAACUACCAUUACUGGGAUGACUUUGAGAACUUCACUGGGGGCUGCCCCCAGGUGGAGGUGCAGCGUAACAACAAGCUGCUGUGGCUGUGGGAGCAGAGCAAGGCGCUCUACCCCUCCAUCUACAUGGAGGAGGUGUUGAAAGCCUCCCCGCAGGGCAAGAAGUUUGUGCAGGCCAAGCUAAGCGAAGCUCUGCGCGUGGCUCAGCUGCCCUCCGUCAACCACUCCCUGCCUGUCUUUGCGUAUGCCCGGCCCUUCUACAGCUACACCCUGAAGGAGCUAACCCAGGCACAGCUGCAGGAUGCUAUAGGAAGCCUUGUGCACCUCUGCUGCCCCCUCUGUCCCUGUCCUGUGGAAAACCAGCUCCUGUUUCCAGCACUGUUGCUCACUCAUCCUCUACAAAUUCACACAGACCUUGUGCACACGAUCGGGCAGGCAGCAGCCAUGGGGGCUCACGGCAUCGUUCUCUGGGGAGGUGUGGAAUAUUCUCGCAACCGGUCCAACUGUGUGAAGAUCCAGAAAUAUAUGACUGGCACCUUAGGCCCUUACAUCAUCAACGUGACCACAGCAACCAAACUCUGCAGCCAGUUUGUCUGCAACAACCAUGGCCGCUGCCUUCGCAGGAAGAUGGAUUUGGACAGCUACCUGCACCUGGAUGCGAGCUCCUUCCAGAUCCAAGUGGACCAAGCCACCCAUGGACCGCGUGUGUCCGUGAAAGGAGCCCUCACCACGCAGCAGAGGGAUAGGAUGAGACAAGAGUUCACAUGUCACUGCUACCAGGGCUGGAGGGGGGAACACUGCAAUUCCCGGGGUCACAGCAACCAGCUCUGGGCAUGGGACUUGUGCAUCCCCAUGAUGGUGAUGUCUGCAAUGUGGACGUGGGGCAUGUGACCCACUUUUGCAAACAAUUAUUUUCAAUGUGAAUUUGUGAAGCCUGUGAUGUGACGUGAACCCCAGAAAGAGGAAUGACAAGGAAGAAGGAAAACAAGCAGCAGGUUCUGUGUGGUCGCAAGAGAUCUGGAAAGUUUCCAGACAUUUGUGAAUUACACCAACUCCUAGGACCCCCAGUACCUGACCCCUCCUCCCAAUGGGGGUCACGUAUGUGUGAUUUUCCCCAGCUUCCUUUGCAAUAUUGUAGGGUGCUAUUACAUUCCUCACUUAGUUUCAGUGACUUUCUACAGCACAGAACCAGCUUUAAAAAUAUGUAUGGUGCAAUCUUCCUUAAUCACAGCCAGUCAAAGGACAGUUUUACAUUGCUCCUUUUUAAAAUAUCACAUUGGUCAGGAUUAGUUGUUUACAAUAGAGUUACCAAUGGCCACACUUUUGCCUCUUCAAGAACCAGAAACAUUUAAAGUCCUUCCUAUUUAUAUGCAGAGUGGACUUAUCCUACUCAGAUUGUUUUUAGGUGCCUUCCCAAUGUGACCGGUGCUAUUUUGUAACUCCUGGAUGUGUG